CGGUGUGGAGGACAAUAAACGGAGCUGCACUGACGUCCAGCAGAGCGCAUGAUGAGGAGGCGUGACGCUCCCGGGUCAUGUGAGCGUCAUCAGCAGCGGGGACACCGGGGCGCCAUGUCACCGGCUGACAGCAGCACCCUGUCGGGAUGGAAGAGGGGAAUUUGAACGCAGAAGCCGGGCUGUGUUCGCCGCACCGACAGAUUGUUGCUGAAAUGAAGAUCUGUGCGCUGAUAUAACGGUGGAACUGCUUUCUCUUUUGUUGGUGUCUCCAAACGGCAGCCAUGACGUCCAAGUCAGCCCUCCUGAAGGUGAUCCUCCUGGGGGACGGCGGUGUCGGCAAAUCAUCGCUCAUGAACCGCUACGUCACCAACAAGUUCGACUCGCACCUCUUCCACACUAUAGGCGUGGAGUUCCUCAACAAGGAGCUGGAGGUGGACGGCCACCAUGUCACUCUGCAGAUCUGGGACACGGCAGGUCAGGAGCGCUUCCGCAGCCUCCGCACGCCUUUCUACCGCGGCUCCGACUGCUGCCUGCUCACCUUCAGCGUGGACGACGGGCAGAGCUUCAGCAACCUGGCCAACUGGAAGAAGGAGUUCACUUAUUACGCUGACGUAAAGGACCCUGACAACUUCCCCUUCGUGGUGCUGGGCAACAAACUGGAUGUGCCCGAGCGACAGGUGUCGGGGGAGGACGCGCGGCAGUGGUGCCGCGAGAAUGGUGGGCACCCGUACUUUGAGACAAGUGCCAAGGAUGCUACAAAUGUAGCGUCGGCCUUUGAGGAGGCGGUACGUCGCGUUCUGGCGAUAGACGACAGAGCUGAUCACCUCAUUCACACCAACACAGUGGACCUGCAGAGGAAGAGUCUCCCGGACCCGUCCUGCUGCUGAGCUCUGGGUGACUCCCAGCAGGAGCUCGUGGUGCCUCUGCAGUUGAGUGUGGUGUGUGCAGAAUGAGGAACUGGUGUUCAGUAGCCAUUGGAAGCAAAUUCUGACCAAAACUGAAUAUUUUGUGCAAAUAUUCAGCGUCCACCACACGAGGGACACAAAACACUUCCAACUCUGGAAUAUGAUUUUUAAUUUAUACAAAGCGUUAAUAGGAAGAUAUUUCUUUUACAUGUUUAAUUGAUUUAUUUGUGGUCAGUGAUGAAUCUCAAUUCUAUCAGAGGUGGACAUCCCUGAUAGGUUAAAGGACAGGGAGUGAUUGUGAGUCCUGAGAUUAUUAUCUGCCUCAGCGGACACGAUCACGUUCACAGUGAAAAUAUAGUGAUUUAGUCCCGACUGUCCUUUAAGUAACCCACACCCCCGAUAUGAUGUUCAGGUCUUUUGAUAAACAAACUACCAAAAGAAAACAACAAAAGUUCUCAAUGUUUUAAGUGCUGUUAAAAGUGUUUUUUUUUUUACAUCAUUAUUGUUUGAAUAAAUUAUUUUUUGCAGUUAUAAUAUGUUUAGAAUUAUUAUUAUAAUUUUCCAUUUAUUACUCUUGAAAUAGAAUAGCAUAUAUGAAGCUAAAAUCGUAGGUGGUCAAUCAAAUGAAAUGUAGAAACAUCUUUCUGGCACUAGAUUUUACAAUUUUCUUUAAUUAUUUUUUCCAGAUUCUGCGGGGGUGAUAAAUGCCAAGCCAGCGAUUUAAAAAUCCAAGCUUUUGGUAGUGCCAGUUAUCACUCCCCCUCCUCUCACUAUGAAAAGUGAAGCAUUGCUGAAUUUAAAACCUUUUGUUGUAAAAUUCAAGUGACUGUAUAAUCUUCAUUAGCAAUGAUUUAAUGGCAAAUGACUACCCUUCAUUUUUACACUGGAAAUAAAACAACAGCCAUCAAUGAAACUGGAGAAUAA